ACUCUUUUUUGUGUGUGUGUGAGGUUUCCGUGUUGGUCGGUACAAGUGGAAUGUCCACUUCGCAAAAAGAAAAUGAAUUCUCUCCCAAUUGUUUCGGCCUUUUAUUUCCACUUUGCUUGUAAUUCUGGAAUAGGCUCAGGAUGAAUUGAUUCCUCUGAAACUUAUGCCUCUUGUUCUUGCCUUUUCCCCGUUCCAUUUUUAUUCAAAUGAGUUUUUGUGCCUUAACAUGCUUCCUCUCAUAUAUUCAAUCUACAAUUUUCUGCUUUCUCUGUUUGGAGCAAUAAUCAGAUGUUUUUUCAGAAUUCAGGUUUAUUAUGGAACUGUUGAUUCUGUUCUUCAAAUUAAAGGCCAAGAAGGUGAAUUUCAAGCAACGGCUGAUUACAAUUCAAGCAAAUAUCAGUUGGAACCUACCACACAAAUCCAUGGAUUCAUCCAAAAAUCUGAAACUACAAACUGUUUUGUCCAAGAAUUCUGCUUUACUGCUUCACCUUCUUCUUCGGGUAAUCAAACUCCCGAUCAUGAUUUUGAAUGUUACAGCAGUAAAUAUUUAUGUGAAAGUGAUGAUGGGGUGAAACUAGAAAUAUUUAACGCUGAAGAGGGUUUAGAAAAGUUAGAUGAGCACGAGGGUUUAGAAAAGUUAGUUGAACACGAGGGUUUAGUUUCCAAUAUAGAUGCCCCGAUUCCUGUGGAAGUGGAGAAAUCUGGCCAUGAUUGUUCCGAGGUUGAAACCCUAGUGGAAGAUGGUUCCUUUCUUUUUUCAGAUUCAGACUUUGAAUCUCCAUGUUUUGAUGAAGAGUACAUAGAAAUAGAAUUAGAAUUAAAACCAAGUUUACAUGUCUUAAAUAAUGCCAAAAUUUUGCCUGUAAAUGAUUGGAGCGAGGAGGAGAGUCAAGAUUGUUUGGUAGAACUGACAGAAACAGAAAAGGAUGAGAAGGGGAUGGAAUUUUUUGAGCAGCAACAGCAGCAAGAAGAAGAAGAAGAAGAAGAGGAAUUCUUGCAAGAGCACCAAGAUUUGAUAAACCAACUCAAGAUAGAGCUAAGAAACUCGAGAACAGGAGGACUUCCAACCGUACAAGAAGAAGAAGAUGAGGGAGAGGCAGGAUCCAUGUGUCCCACAUCGGUUGAAACUCUAAAACCUCUGAAAAAGGAUCAAAAUUUUGAACUCAAACAACAUUUCAGAGAGAUCCAAAAGGUGUACAAGACUUAUGCAGAGAAAAUGCGAAAGCUUGACAUCUCCAAUAUCCAAACAAAUUACGCAAUUGGUUUAGUUAAGUUGAAAGAUCCAAAUGGGUCAAUGGAUGGAAAGAAAUCUGGUCUUAAAUCUGUGUUUCCCCUCAAGUUAAGGCCAGGGAGAGGUGGUGUUAAAGACUGUCCAAGAUUAACGAGAGACUUAAAGAGGGACAUGGAAAUGGUAUAUGUUGGACAUCUUUGCCUUUCUUGGGAACUUCUGCAUUGGCAGCACAGGAAAGCCACUGAGUUGCAACAGAAUGACUCUCGAGAGGUUUCUCGGUUCACUCGAGUUGUCAAUGAAUUUCAACUCUUCUCCAUCCUCAUUCAAAGAUUCAUUGAAGAUGAACAGUUUUGCGGCCCUCGAAUCGACAACUAUGCCAGAAACCGACUUUUCAUCCGUAGUCUCCUUCAAGUUCCUGCCAUUAGAGCGGAUUGUGUAAACGACAAAAAGCAACGAGGCAAAGAAGAUGAAAGUACCAUCUCAACUGCAGCUCUAGUGUCAAUCAUUGAAGAUUCAAUGCAGGUUUUUCGGGAAUUUCUACGUGCAGAAAAAUUCGUCAGGAACUCAACUAUCAAGUGUGCUCAAGGACAACUUAAUGCACAACGGAUGAUGAUGGAAAUAAGAAGUGGUCUGCAAAAGAAGGAGAGAAGGCUAAAAGAGAUAUUGAGAAGUGGGAAUUGUAUAGCGAAGAAGUUUAAAAGGAUUGGUGAAGAUGAAGGGAGGGUGAAGAAUGAAUUGUUGAUAGCGGAGGUUGAAUUGAAAUUGGUAUCAAGGGUUGUGAGUAUGUCAAGACUAACAGAGAGCCAGUUGAUUUGGUGUCAUAAAAAACUGCAUCAAAUUAAUUUUGUGAAUAGAAAGGUUGUUAUAGAACCAUCGUUUUCUCUUUUUCCAUGUUGACUUUCUUAGUCGCCUCACCACCUAGCUGCAUCUUUAUCACAGCAGCUCCUACAUACAACUUUUUCUUCCUACUUCAAAUAAUUUGAGGAAAUGAAAUGGUUACCAAACAAUUUGUUUAACACACUCUUUUACAUAUACUAUUGUAUCAGCCAUUUCUUGAUCUUUCAAUUGCCAAUCAAAGAACAUUUCUUUA